AUGCAAUCACAUAUAUUCUUUGUCGUUUUACAUCAAUUUAUUGUAAUGACAUUAUCCAUAUUGGGUAAUCUCUUUUUACUUUUUGUUAUUUUGAGAGGAAACUAUGUGAGUCGAAGGAGAAUCUCUCCGGUACAACUUUUACUAAUUCAUACAUGUGUAGCUGAUCUGCUGUUUGCCCUUCUUUCAUUAGGAACGGAAAUAUUAACGAUGAUUACAUGGCCACAGUUCAAUGGUUCCGAUUGGAUGUGUAAAGCUAUGAGAUAUUGUCAGAUGUUACCUCAUUACGCUAGUCCUUUUCUAUUGGUUGCUAUAAGUGCUGAUCGUUAUCAGGCCAUAUGUCGUCCGUUGGCGAACUUUCGUGCAUCUCGAUACCGCCGACCGAACUACCUGGCCGCCAUAGCAUGGGUCUUAUCAUUAAUCUGCUCAAUCCCCCAAUUAAUUAUUUGGGAGAAAAGAAGUCGACAUCGAAAUGAACACAAAAUUGAGGAAUGUGCAACUAUAUAUGGGCAUGAAAAGAAUAUAAUUAAAAAUAUUUACGUGAUUGUUUUCAAUACAAUUGCAUGGCUCUUGCCAUCCAUUUUUGCAGGAUAUUUCUAUUACCGUGUAUGUAAAGCUGUGUGGAUGUCAGGUACGCGCGCACCUAAAGUAGCGAUGGAGCAGAAAGAGCCGGUCAAAGGGGACAUCACACAGGAUUAUAUAGAAAAUUUACGCAAAAAAUCAUAUGGGUUUCGACGACAAACUUACGAAUUCGAUAGAAAACGGGUACAAACAGUUCGUCUUACAAUGACCAUAAUCGUCUGUAAUUUCUUUUUGUGGAUGCCAUUUUGUGUUGUGAAUGUUGUUUUAGCUUUGUGGCCAUCGUUACUAACACCCAGCUUCUAUCUCUAUGUAAUGACUUUGGGAAAUUUAAAUUCGUGCGUAAACCCUUGGAUUUAUAUUCUUUUCAACAGAUCACAUGUAACCAAGGCUUUGUGCGGAAGACGAGAAACCAAUUCUUAUGCUUCUCAUCGAAGUGAAAACGAUCUUCGAUCCAUUCAUAAACCAAGUCCUUCACUUAGUACUAAACUUUCGCCUGAGGCUAGCAGUGUCAAGGUGCAUCGUAAUGUGUCAUUCCAAGCUUCAUCAACGAACGAUGGAUUCAAAUCCGCAGAUGAAGAGAUGAAUUCUAAACCGCUGGUACGGAAUCAGAGUUUGGCAGGCGUUGCAUUUCAUGAACAAAACUUUGUAUUGCCAUCGUUAGAUUGUUCGACAGAAGCUUCUGAAUGUUUAUUGCAAUCAGCAGCCUAA